AUUUUGUCAGAAGAAGACUUCAGAAUUAGCAAUAAUAUAAUCACUUAUUUUAGAGGAACCAUAUACCACUAUUAUAUUAAACAUUAAGAUGAAAUGUUUCAUUUAUCUCUGAGAAAUAAGUGUGUGUAGAGCGUUUAGUAAUGGCGCUUUUGGAGGCCUUCCGGUCAAAUUGGCUAAUAGCUACUUUUGGCUGUAUACUUUUUACUGGAGGAUUAUGCGUACUCUCCUGGAAUGAAGGACGAGCUGUGCACACAAUUUUAUCUCUUGAUGAAGCACUUGAUGAUGCAAUAACUUUGGAUCCUAAUGAAGAGUUGGAGUACAAUUACAAUGGUCGGAUAGUACAUAUGACUGGAUCUAUAGUGAUUGGAGAACCACUUACAGAACCAGACUACAACAUACAAAUCCUUGCCGUAAAAUUGAAGCGUCGGGUACAAAUGUUUCAAUGGGUGGAGGAGUCAAUGGAACACAAUUAUGGGGAAAGUGUUGCAUCUGUGCAAACAGAAAGUCGUACAUACUAUUACUAUACCGAGUGGCGUGACAAAUUAAUUGACUCCCGUAAUUUUUACAUACGCACGGGACAUCAAAAUCCUGAUCGAUUUCCUAUAGAAAGCCAAACACAAGUUGCUGACGCGGUCUUCAUUGGCAAGUACGAACUGGGUAACGAAAUCAAGAAUAAAUUUACAAACUACGUGGAAUUGACUUCCGAUACAAGGCCAGACGAUCCUACAAUUAAAAUGCAUUUAGGGCUAUAUUACCACACAAACGAUGUUUUUAAUCCAGAAAUAGGCGACAUACGUUUACUAUUUUCGUUUGCUGGAAUGGAGGGCGAAAUGUACACUGUAGUAGGAAAAUUGAUGAAUAACAAAAUAUUGCCAUAUCGAACCAGUCGAGGCGUUGAUAUACUGCUUGUAUAUAGCGGCGAACUCGGACUUGCGGAAGUUUUUAAGCGAGAACAUCACGCGCAACGGCUUACUACGUGGGGCUAUCGCUUUAUGGGUUGGGUUUUGGUGUUCUUUGGUGUUACGUGUACAUCCAAGCUAUUACAUAUUAUGUUAAGCCGUAUUGCUUUCCUCGCUGUCUUAGCGCCGGAUCCACAGUUCCCCGUUGGUGCUAAUAUCAUGUUAUCAUUGUCCCUUGCACUAAUUAUAGCCUCAAUUGCGUGGAUCCUGCAUCGUCCAAUGAUUGGUGCCAGCUUGUUGUUUGCCGCGGCAUCACCAUUUUUGUGGUGCGCUCGUAGUAUGUCAAAUUAUCAACGCGUCAACUAAAAAUGAAUGUAAAACUUACGGAGAAAACUGGCGUAACGGUAUAGUUUAUUUUAAUAAAUUACGUACUUCUCUGCUAGUCAUUAGAAUAAUUGUUUAAUAAAAACAUUUUUAGUUUAUGUAUGUAAAUAUAUUGACAAAAUGACUUAAUUAAAAAACGUUUUGAUAACAAAUUCAA